CUCAUAGCGGUCCAAAACACGAAGAAAAUCAGGAACUGAAGACUGGAAUCGCAGAUUCUGGGACCCGAGCUACUGUGUGCUGCGAGGGGGAGAUUUCUGUGGGAGUGGGCCGCAGUACAUUGUGUGAAAGGCAUCGAGGGAGAGCCUCAGAAUGGAGCCACACGCAGAUGUGCCUUUAUUGCCAGGAGAGGAGAGAGUGACAGACAAAGACCUCAUCUAUAUGUGUCCCUUCAUUGGGGCAGUGAAAGGAAAAGUAUUCAUCACCAACUACAGACUCUUCUUUAAGAGCACUGAUAUGGACCCUGCUGUUACCUUCAACGUUCCUCUGGGGGCCAUCAGUCGAAUAGAGAAAAUGGGCGGGGCCAGCAGUCGGGGAGAGAACUCCUAUGGACUUGACAUCACCUGCAAGGACAUGAGGAAUCUACGUUUCGCCCUGAAGCAAGAGGGCCACAGCAGGAGGGACAUCUUUGAGAUCCUAUUCCGAUACGCCUUCCCCCUCUCCCAUGGCAUGCCUCUGUUCGCAUUUCUGAGCCAAGAGAAGUUUGAAGAGAACGGCUGGUGUGUGUACAGUCCCAUGCAGGAGUUCAGAAGGCAGGGCUUGCCCAAUGACAAGUGGAGGAUCACUUUCCUGAACCAGCAGUAUGAGCUGUGUGACACAUACCCCACCAUUCUGAUGGUCCCGUACAAGGCAACUGAGGAGGACCUGCGGAAAGUGGCCACUUUCCGUUCCCGCUGUCGUAUCCCAGUUCUGUCGUGGAUCCACCCAGACAACCAGGCCGUGAUCACGCGCUGCAGCCAGCCCCUGGUGGGCAUGAGUGGCAAGCGCAACAAAGACGACGAGCGCUACUUGGACAUUAUCCGCGAGACCAACGGAACCACCAGCAAGCUGACCAUCUACGAUGCCCGGCCCAACGUCAAUGCUGUGGCCAACAAGGCCACAGGUGGUGGUUAUGAGGGGGAGGAUGCCUACCAGAAUGCUGAGCUGGUGUUCCUGGACAUCCACAAUAUCCAUGUAAUGAGGGAGUCACUGAAGAAACUGAAGGACAUUGUUUACCCUAACGUAGAGGAGUCCCACUGGCUUUCCAGUCUGGAGUCCACACACUGGCUGGAGCACAUCAAGCUGGUGCUAUCAGGGGCGAUCCAGGUCGCAGAUAAGAUCUCCUCUGGGAACUCGGUGGUGGUGCACUGCAGUGACGGCUGGGAUCGCACGGCCCAGCUCACCUCUCUGGCCAUGCUGAUGCUGGACAGCCACUACCGCACCCUGAGGGGCUUCCAGGUCCUGCUGGAGAAGGAGUGGAUCAGCUUCGGACACAAGUUCGCCUCUAGAAUUGGCCAUGGAGAUAAAAACCAUGCGGAUGCAGACAGGUCCCCCAUCUUUGUGCAGUUCAUUGACUGUGUCUGGCAGAUGACUAAACAGUUCCCCACAGCCUUCGAAUUCAACGAGCAGCUCCUGGUGACCGUGCUGGACCACCUUUACAGCUGCCGCUUCGGCACCUUCCUCUACAACUGCGAGAGCGUCCGUGACGCCAAUGAGGUGAGGACAAAGACCAUAUCACUGUGGUCCCUGAUCAAUAGUGGCCAGGUGUCCUACAUCAACCCUUUCUAUGCUGCUGAGUCCAGUCGUGUGCUCUACCCUGUAGCCAGCAUGCGCCAUCUAGAGUUGUGGGUGACUUACUACAUCCGAUGGAAUCCUCGGAUUCGACAGCAGCAGCAGAGCCCAGUGGAGCAGCGCUACAAGGAGCUGCUGGCACUCAGGGACCAGUACCUGAAGAAGCUGGAGGAGCUCCAGCUGUCUGACUCUACCCCCCACCUGCCCAACAGCAGCACCCCGUCCCCAGCCUCUCCCACCCAGCGGGUCACACACCUGCACACACCCUUCUGAUCCAAGGCGCUCAGCACACACACAUACCUGUACAUAAUGGUAGAUAAUGUAAUAAUAAUAAUAACAAUAACAAUAAGUAUAAUAAUAAUAAUAUAAUAGUUUUAUGUGAGUUGUACUACUCAUAAUAAUAGUAAUACAGUGAUGAUGCAAUAAACCACAGUACAGCCUUCAUGUUUUAGACGGACCGUAGAGAAGCCUUAAAGUUGUGACAUGUAUACGUGCAUGUACUUCAGUAAAAUACAGGUCUUUCCUCCGGCACAUCUUAGCAUGAAAACUCAUCGCUCUUCUUCGGCUUCUUGAAGUGUACAUUUACAGUCCCAUUUCCUGGAAUCCAACACCCAGUCAGUUUGCCAAAAAUGCACCAUUUCUUCCUGGAACCAGAGAGGGGGCAUUUAAAUAAACAUUUAAAACAGGGGGCUGUGAAUUUGGCUGACGUUCAAGGUGGAAUGUGUAUUUAAUGUUACUUUUAUAAAACAGAACACUAGCGUCUGUAUGUAUUGCACUUAGGCAGCCUAAUAGUUGUGUAGUGAUAUUGGCACUUACGGUAAUGGGGAUUCACACACUUGCCACCGCCUCAAAUUUCAGUUUGAUUUGGACUAUCUAUGGAGUGAUAAAUAAGCAAUAUAUCACAAAUAUAAUUUUCUCAUUGAAUAAUUAUUACAUGGAACUCUCUUGGAAAUGGGUGCUGCAGUGUUGCGCAAAAGAAGGGCCUUCAGUUUUUAUUCUUUAGAUGUCAGGAGUCAGCCAGAGGUCCUCAUCCCCUAGUCCGGGACGUCUUUUGGUCUGCAGUGUGUUUCGUAAUGUAACCAUAAAUGGUUCAUGUUUGUCUGAUGACUGAAUUCAGUGAGGCUGGAUGAAUUUCAAUCGUGUAUUAUUCGAAGCAUUAACAUUUUGUAACCAGUGAGGUUAAACAUUUAAAGUAUUCAAAUGUCAAGUUUGAAGUGUUCUUAAAGAAAUAUACCUGACAAAUAGGUAGCUGCACUUUGAAUGAGUGACGGGUGAAGGGGGUAUAAACCGAUCUGCACCACUGCAGUCCCAGAACCAGGGCAAAGGGCCUCUGAUUGAGACUAGUUCUGUGCCUUCAAUGUCUGAGGUCUAUCAGAUUUCAGAUGGACGGUGUGUAUUGGGUUGUUUUCCAAGUGCAGCUUUAGUAGCAUAAAAGUUGUCUCCCUGUUUCACAUAUCUAGUUGAUAGAUUUUUAGAACAACGUUGUCCUCUGCCUGAUUGAGGUACCUGAGGACCAUUGGCCUUGAUCGUCUUGGGUAUCUUGACCCAUAGCCCAGGAAAAAAGUACAAUUUCUGAUUUAACCCCCUUGGUUAAUUUCCUUAGGAAUUGUUCAACCUGAUGUAAAAUGAAAAGCAAAGAGGCAUAAACUCAGGUUGGAACUGCCCUGACGUUGCCCUGGAAACUGAGCUUCAGUAUUUGAAGACCAUGGCCUCAAUGAGGAGAUGAUGUUAAACAAUAGGGAGGAAAUAAUGCUUGAUUGUUGUUACAAAAGAAAAAAAAAUCUAUUUUGUUUAUUUUUUACUUUGUAUAAGUAGAGAAACUAUGUAAUUACCUCACAAAUGACUGUUUUACGGUUGUUGUAAGAUGUAAUUUUAUUCAGUGUAAAGAUUGACAGUUUUAUAAAAAAGCUAAAGUGGCAAGAAAAAUCUUUUGUUUGACAAAUGGAAGGUAGCAGCUUCCUGUUGUUGGCUCUUUUUUUCCCAUUUUCUUUUAUUUACUAGUGGGCUUUUUUUUCCUCAUGCUGCCUUGAAUGGUAAAGGGCAGAUGCCUGUACUGUAUUAUGUCUCUAGAUACUGUAAGGAACAGAACCCCUCUCACCAUUUCUGCAAUGCUUUGCAUAUGUCAUUUUCAACAGAAAGCAUGUUAAUUCUGUUCCUCUACAUUUUUGCCCUCUUGUUCCAAAGGGAAAUAUUUUCUGCAUUUUCUCUACAGUUUGUUGGUUAGCCCUGGUUUUGUAAAUACUGCUAAUUAAAUUAAUUUAAAGAUUC